AAGCUGGGCCCGGUCAAGACCCCUGAGCGCCUCAAGCCGGUCCUGCCGAUCCUCGACAAGCUCGCGACCCUGAGCGCGAGGUGCAACUACCGCAAGCUCCUCGACCGCCGGUGUCCGUCCAAGAUGCCUCGACAGCGCUGUCCCUCGUCGCAGGGCGACCGCAGCGUCGGCCUCGAACUCGCCGAGCCGCCGCACACGCAGAUCUCGCGAGGCGACGUCUCGAUCGACAUCUCGCACGCGUCGCUCGUCGUGCCGCACGGCCAGACGCAGGCCCAGGAGAAGGCGCGCGAGAAGCCUAAGCUCGCCGAGUUCGCGUGCUCGUUCCACGAGGUCGAGCGGUUCGUCCAGGGCGCCGUUGGCGAGGUCAUCCCGCGAGCGUUCUGGGGCUCGGUCGAGAAUGCCCGGCUCAUCGACGACCGCAUCUCGGCGUUCAUCCGCAUGCGCCGCUACGAGUCGACCUCGGUCCACGCGCUCCUUCAAGGGUUCUCGGUCACGACGUGCGCGUGGCUCGGCGGCAACGAGCAGCGUCCGACUGCGGCCGACAUGGACAAGCGCAAGGAGCUUCUGAGCGAGUUCCUCUUCUGGGUUAUGGACGG